AUGGCCGGCAACAUCCGUCUGCAGCGGCGGCUGCAGCGCAAGGCGAAGGCGCGGCGGCAGCAGCUGAGCUACCGCACCAUCCGCUCGGCGUUCCUCGUCGCCGCGCUCUGCUCCGUCACGUACGCCUGGGUCAUCUUCCUCAGAGCCCCCGACCAUACUGGUGGUGGGGUCUGUCCACAGGCGACCAUCCUGAGCUCAUCAAGGCCCGCUUCGCCAGUAGAGCGCGUGAGCCACCAGUGCGUGCGACCCUCCCCUGCAUACGCUGGUCUGUUGCACCCCUCCCCUGCUUACGCUGACGCGCCUGUGUACGAGUCAACAGGGUACCUGCAGGUGUUCUUAGAUGGGGGUCUCAACCAGCAACGCAUUAGCAUCUGCAACGCGGUGGCAGUGGCUCGCCUGCUCAAUGCCACGCUGCUCAUUCCGCACUUUCAGAUCAACCCCGUGUGGCUCGACGACAGCCAGUUUGAGGACAUAUUCGAUAUAGAGCACUUCAUGCGCUACCUACAGCGCGACGUGCUGAUAGUGAGGCAGCUGCCGCACAAGUACCGGUGGAGCACGCGCGAGUUCUACAGCACGGGCGUGCAUCAGAACCGCAUCAAGUUCGCCCCCAUGCAUGCAUCGCCUGAGUGGUACCUCAAGAACGUGCUUCCAAAGUUACAGCGCCACGGAGUGGUGGCAAUAGCGCCCUUCACCCACCGCCUCGCCUUUGACGGCUUGCCUCCAGACGUGCAGCGCCUGCGCUGCCGAGUCAACUUCCAUGCGCUGCGAUUCGUGGAGCCCGUCCGGAGGCUCGGGAAGAUUUUAGUGGAGCGACUGAGGGACCCGAACAGGCGGCAUGUGAAGCGAGGUGUGCUGUUUGGGAAGGGAGGGGAUGUGUCGAGUUAUGGCGGCAAAGGGAAGGUGGGAGGGAUUGGGGAGGGAGCAGCGGAAGGAGAGAAAACAGCAGCAGAGAGAGAAGCAGAGGACGAAUCAGAGAAGGCAGUAGAGAUGGCAGCCAGGAAAGCAGCGGAGAUGGUGGGGGAGUUGCAGGAGGCGGCUGGUGCUGGUGCUGGUGCAGGAGAGAGUGGAGAAAGGGCAAAGAGUUCGAGUGAAGGAAAAAAUGAGACGGAGGUGACACGUGAAGGGAAAGAUGAGACGGAGGAGAUGCCUGAAGGGAAGAAUGAGACGGAGGAGAUCUCUCCAGAGACUCUUGCAGGGGAAGGAGAGGGGAAGGGACGGCGGGAGGAGGAGGAGGGUGUGGGUGGAGGCGAUGGGUCAGCUGCUGCUGGGGUGAGGGUGGUUCAAGAUGGAAAAGGCCUGUCUGGGGUAUCGACUGGUGCAAGUGGUGAUGAUGAGCGUGAUGGUGGUAGUGAUGGUGAUGGUGAUGCUGGUGGUGGUGAUGAUGGUGAUGCUGGUGGGGGUGGUGCUGCUGGUGGUGUUGGUGCAAGUGGUGCUGCUGGUGGCCUGCGGCAAGGGAGCAAAGGUGGUAUCGAAGCAGUGGAGGAUGAGGGAGAGGAAGAGGGGGAGGGGGAGGCGGAGGGGGGAGGCAAGAGGAGGUUGCUGCAGGAGAGACGGGGAGGUGUGGGGGGUGGAGUAAGUGUGGCGAAGGGAGGAGGCGGAAAAGGAGGAGGAGGAAGAGGAGGUGGAGCAGGGGUGGGUAGGAUUGGAGAAGAGGAUUCGGAGGAGGGGAGUGAGGGCGCGUUUUGGAGUGAGGAUGGGGUGAUUGAUGAGGCGGCUAGGGAGAGAGUGAGACAGGCGUUGCGAGCAGGGCGAGAGGGGCGAGUGGCGGUGCAGCGAGCUGGGAGCACCACUGCAGGGAGUGAGGGGCGAGUGGUGCCGGAGCGAGCAGGGAGCACCAUUGCAGGGAAUGGAAGUGUGGGGAACAGCAGUGGAGUUGGGAAAGUGGAGGUGGGAGUGGUGUUGAAUGAAGAGGGGGGGCCCGUGGAUGGUUUGUCACAGAUAGAAGAGAGUGACGAUGGAGGGGACAUAAGUGAUGGGGAAAGCAGUGCAGGCGGGAUCCGCAGCAGCAGCAGCAGCGGCAGCAGCAGUGGCAGCAGUAGCAUCAGUGGCAGCAGCAAGGAGGGUGGUGCGGGCAGUAGGUUGUUGAGUGGUCGGCCGCUGCUGGGAAAGGAAGGAAGGUGGGGGCGCAAGGAGGGGAAGAGCAAGAAAUAUGUGGCCAUGCACCUGAGAUUCGACAUGGACAUGGUGGCACACUCGGCGUGUGACUAUGGCGAGACGUGGGCGGAGCGAGAGGCCCUUUCCAAAUAUAGGGAGUACGCGUGGCUGGGCCGAGUGGACAAGCUGCGCUUCUCCUCUGAUGAGCUGCGCCUGGCGGGCAAGUGCCCCCUCACGCCCGAGGAGGUGGGGCUCGUGCUGGCGGCACUCGGCUUCUCCUCUAAAACGAGGCUAUAUGUGGCGACCUACCAGGUGGGUGCGAGUGGGAGUGGGCAAUACACAGGUGUACAAGGGAGAGAAGCAAAUCGCCCCUCUGCGCCGCCUUUUCCCGUGGCUGGAGGACAAGACAAGUCUGGCCACAGAGGAGUAGCUGCGGCCUUGCAACACCCGAUUUCACCCCUGUUUCCUCGUGCUCCGCAGGUGUAUGGGGGAGAAAAGCGCAUAGCUCCCCUGCGUCGCCUGUUCCCCUGGCUGGAGGAUAAGACGAGCCUGGCGACGGAGGAGGAGUUGAGGCCAUUCCUGGGGAAGGCGUCGCUGCUGGCAGCGCUGGACUUCUAUGUCAGCCGCUACAGCGACGUGUUCGUGUCUGCCUCCCUGGGCAACAUGCACAAUGUGAUGGUGAGGAUGGGGUGA